AAACAAUGCGAAUACUACAUUGGCUUACCAUAGACUGCGAAGUUUGGUCUGCCCAGGCAAAGGUUGUUGGAGAGCGUGCUCUUUUUAUCAAGUGAUAUCUACUGACUACUCUGUGUAACAAUGGGCGAUAAAGACUCAUCAGAUGAGGAGGAUGUUUUCGAAUGUGGGAGGUGCAAGGAAAAGUUCACCGAUAUGACCAUUUUCAUGCACCAUAAGAAUGAGAAAACCUGCAACAAGGUUAAGAAACAGAAAGAAUUGACUGCAAAGGAAAGAGCCCAAGAAUUAGGUGAAGUUCUCACCAGCAUCCUGAACAGCAGUACAAAUUCAAUGACUGGCGAAGGUGAGGCUAACACUACUGUGGCAAGUAUCUCCCCAACUAUAGGUGACUUUUUCACCACAAAGGCGGGGGACAAGGAGAUUGAUCCAGGACACAUUAGCCUGGACAUCUUAACUUCACUGGAACAUCCCAUCAAGCAGGAGCAAGUAUCCACAAGUGCUUCUUGUGAUCCAUGUCAGGAAUGGUUUCCGGACCAACCAGUCCUUGACAAUAGCUUGCGGGAAAAGUCCACCAUUGACACCAGCCAGUUAGAUCAGGUCGAGAUUGAAGCCACAGUAGAGUCAAAGACGCACGAUGUUCAUAAUAAGCCUCAACUGGAUAGCCCAGUUGCUUCUAGUGAUUCGCCAGUUGAGAAGUCAUCAAGGAGGACGCGUCAGCAGCAUUCAUGUAGUGUAUGUAAUUUGAAGUUCCUCAGCAGAUUCAAGCUUGAACAACACUGUGCUGGUAGGAAGCAUCGUAAUACAGUCAGAAAAUUGAAAACCAACACGGAGCAGGAUGAAGUUCCAAAACGCAGACCAGGUCGGCCGUCCAAGAAGAGAGUGUGUAAGUUUUGUGGCAUUUCAACAGAUUCUAUUAAGGACUUACAGAAGCAUUUAAAAGAGCAACACAAGGGUGCAACUGGAAAAGAAAAUGGUGAUAAGGGUGCUCAGUCUGAUGAGACAACAAAUCUUUGCAGGGAGUGUGGCGCCUUGGUACCCAGAAGAUCACUCAGAAGACACGAGAGAAGAUGUGCCAAUAAGAAAAAAUUUGAAUGUCCAUUAUGCGGACACCAGUCUAGGGAAAGAACUGACUAUAAAUCUCAUAUUGACAACCAUAAAGUGUGGAUUGAAGUUGAUAAAUCUGUAGUGCCUUGGGAUGGUCAAUCAACCAAUACCAGUUCUCGAAACGAGGAUGCAACGAUAUCAAAUGCUGAACAAGAGAAGAUAGCUGAUGUAAGUGAUGAUGCUGACAAAGACGAAGGUGUUAUCUUAUCCACAUCUGAUUUAGCCGUCUUGGGUCUCAUGCCAAAACCCAAAUUUUCAACUGUACAGGAGUGUUUAGACGCAUUGACAUCAGGUCUGAAGGGAACAUACGAUGAGCAAAUUAGUUCUGAUAAAGAAACUCAGGGUGAGAGUGAAGUUAUCUCUAUGAAUCUUGAUAACGGAGCCGAGCCAAGCUCUGUAAAAAUUAAUUCCAAACAAUUGAAAUGUAAAGCGUGUAAGAAGUGGUUUCCACGUAGGAGCCUUUCCAAGCACAUGUAUGAUGUUCACAGUAUGACCAAGCAGUUUCAAUGUCGUGAUGUGGAGUGCCUGCAAGCCUUUAUUGACAUGGACAGCUUUAGAACUCAUAUCACAUCUCACUCUGAUAAACUAAUGUUCCAGUGUGGAUGCCGUCUUUGCUUCUCAAACAAGACUGCAGUGGAAGAGGAGUACGCAGAUGAGAUUCGCAAGUGGAAGAUGAGGAAAUAUUAUUCCCAGUUGUCUUACAAGUGCAAGCUGUGUUGGAUGAAGUUCCCAUCAGAGAGUAGUUUGAGCAAGCACCAGCAGUCCGAUUCUCACAACCAUAGAUGUGAACAGUGUGGGAAGGUGUCGGUCAGCAAGCGUCAGCUGCGGUUGCAUCAAGAGACCCAUCAAGAAGAGAGGGGUUAUCUCUGUGACAUCUGUGGCAGUGGGUUCAAGACAGACAGAGACCUCAGGAGACACAUUGCUUCACAUAGUUCCAACAAACCCUUCGCGUGCAAUGAGUGUGAUAAAGCUUUUCAUUUCAAGAACAAACUAACAAGGCAUAUAAACACCGUCCAUGCAACUUACAAACCGUUUGCCUGUAACUAUGAGGGCUGUAGGAAGUCAUUUGCAAGGAGAGAUAAACUAACUGAUCAUGAGAACACCCACAAAGCUCCCAUUUAUGCCUGUCAGUACUGCUCAAAGACCUUCUAUCGUAAGGAUGUCAUGAGGGAGCAUGAAAUUGCCAACCACACCAAGGAGUUUCCGUAUAAUUGCAAGAUGUGUAAGAAGGGGUUCUUGAGGCCAAAGGCUCUCCUGAAUCACCAAGCAGCUGAGCAUAACACCUCAGUCAGUCCAUCCACUUUGGACAAGCUUCUGAAGGCCUCGGCUGCUGUCCAACAGCGGGCACAGAACACACCUUUAUCUGCUGCAGCCUGCCUCGCUGGUUACGUCAUUUAUGAUCAGAGCAUUUCAUCCGUCUUGCAAGGAACCACAGAUAAUGAUCCUCAGUCAUUACCGAUCCAACCUAUGAACUUGCCACCAUCAGCAUCCUCCAGUAGUGACCUUUCCUACCAAAUGACAGAUAUUACUGGUUCAGGAGGGACAAAUCUUACCUAUCAGGUGUCGGGAGGCAGCCUGCCUGGUGGUUCUAACGCUCUCCAUGUCUCCCUUUCUCAGCCAUUGGUCGAGCACGAUGUUUGAUAUCAGUUGCAAAGAUGAAAUAAAGUGGUGUCUAGAUGCUGAUGACAUUGGUAUUAAACAUGUACAUCAUAAGACAACAGAAUAGAUAUUACAUGUAAAUGCAAAUUAAAUUCCUGCACGCACACUGCGCUUAUUCACAGAGUGGAACAUAUCACUUUAAGCCUGGGAUGUCCAGGGUUUAUUCAAUUUUAAUAUUUUACAUGCUUCUUCAGAUAUAAUCAGCACUUCAUUGAUUUUUUGUCAAUCCCUAAAAUGUGAUGGUAGGACCUAUCAGUGAUUGAUGAGGUACUGUCUUGGUUACAGUCACACUCUUAGCCAUAGGGGAUGCAGAAAAUUGUUUUCAAAGUGAGGGGGGAGGGCGUCAACCUACAUAAAAUUUACAAAUUUGAUGGGCAUGUCACACACAAUGUUAAACAUAUUUGGAAAAAAAAGUAGGGGACUGAAUGAAACUUCACAGUUAGUCUAAGUAUACAAUUCAAAUGUUAUAAAUUUAUUUUUGCACAGGUUUAAUACUAUUUUGUCAUUACAUUCACAUUGGGUGAAUGAGUUGUGUUGAAUGAUAUUUUCACAAUUGUAUUUGCCUUGGUUUUAAGAAUUCCAGGUAAUAUUGAUAUGUAGUAUUGAUCACACAAAAUCGGGUUAUUUUUUUCCUCAUAAUUUUUCUCACCUCAUAUGACUCAUAGGAAUUACAUGACAGGCCAUUUCACCCUCAUGACAACCCGAAUCGCCCCUAUAAUUCCCCCAAAAUUGAUUCUUUGGGGCAACCAUUCUUACUAGAGUCGCCCCAAGAUCUGUCACAACAUUCAAGAUUAUUUAGAAAAUCAAUAUUUGAACUAUGGCAGAAUAAUGAUUUUUUGCAUUUACUGCGUAAUUACUUGUUGCCCUUAUAUAUAAAAGUAGCCCUUGAAAAGAAAGAAUAAGCCCCAAAAAUUCUUCAGUAGCCCAUGUGUAAAAAAAAAAUCGUAAAAAUAAAAAUGAUUUCCUACCCCUGGUAUGACUUAGAUGUAGGGCCUUUGAAAGAAAACCAAUGUUGCAAUUAAAGGGGAAGUUCACCCUGAAGAAAACUUUGUUGUAAAAAUAGCAGAAAA